UUCGCCCCUUCCUCCUCCGCGGGAGAGAGAAAAGGCUCAGGAGAUGGACCUGUCCUACAGAUCCACCAUCUCCAUCUAUAAGACCAUCCUGGAGCAGUUCAACCCCGCUCUGGAGAACCUGGUGUACCUGGGGAACAAUUACCUGCGUGCUUUCCAUGCACUAUCCAAAGCAGCUGAAAUUUAUUUUAAGGCGAUUGAGAAGAUUGGGGAGCAAGCACUGCAGAGCUCCACCUCACACAAGCUGGGUGAAAUCCUGAUGCAGAUGUCUGACACGCAGAGGCUCCUGACCUCCGAUUUGGAAGUCGUGGCUCAGACCUUCCACGUGGACCUGCUGCAGCACAUGGAGAAGAACACCAAAAUGGACGUGCAGUUCAUCAGUGAGAGCCAGAAGCAGUACGAGCUGGAGUACAGGCGCAGAGCCACCAACCUGGAUAAGUGCAUGGCAGAGCUGUGGAGAAUGGAGAGGGCCCGUGAUAAAAACGUCUGGGAGAUGAAGGAGAACGUGAUGCGGCUGCGCUCGGAGAUGCAGGCCUUCGUCUCUGAGAGCCAGCGGGAGGCUGAGCUGGAGGAGAAGCGGCGCUACCGCUUCCUGGCUGAAAAGCACCAGAUCCUCUACAACACUCUCCUCCAGUUUUACAGCAGGGCCCGGGGCAUGAUCCAGACCAAGGCCCCGCAGUGGAAGGAGCAGCUGGAGGCCAGCCGCAACCCCUCAAACAGCCACGCUCAGGGCCUCCUCGCAGGCUCCCACAGCCAGGGGUAUCCGUCGGGCCGGCUCACCCCCACACACCUUGAGAUGAAACCCCUUGGGGACUUUACUUCUUCCAUGACCGGGAGCAGAUCCAGCAUCUUCUCUCAGGAGCCAGAAAUGAAGAUGUCUCCUCAACCAGAGCUCUCCAGGCGGCCACUGCAGAGGACACCAUCAGCCAGUUUGCUCCCUACCGGCCGCAUCUCCCGCUCCGGUUCCUUCGGCGAGGCCAGCAGCAGCAGCGAGGGCCGGCGGAAGAGCAGCGUGGUGAGGGUGCAGGCGAUCGUGCCCCACAUGACGGGGACCAACCGGACCCUGUUGCGCUUUGACCCUGGGGACGUUAUCACGGUGCUGAUGCCAGAAGCGCAGAACGGCUGGCUGUACGGCAAGCUGGAGGGCUCGUCCAUAUGCGGCUGGUUCCCUGAAGCUUAUGUCAAGCCUCUGGAUGGCAUGAGGGAUAUGGAGGAGCCACCCACCAGGUCCUUCCCCCUCCGCAGCAGUCACAGUAUGGAUGACAUCCUGGACCGUCCCAGCGUUUCUUCCUCCAACACUCACUGGCCUGCUGCUGCCCAAGCUGCUGUGCCGAACCCGCCUCCCCCACCAGUGGCUGCCAGCAGCCACCAGAGUGGGCUGGUGACCUCGGCUGGUUCAGGCUCCAAGAAAUCAGGAGUAUUUGACCAGCGCCCUGAACUCUUUCCACGAGGUACCAACCCCUUUGCCACAGUCAAGCUGCGUCCCACGGUCACCAACGACCGCUCGGCACCCAUCAUCCGAUGAAGUGGCGCUGCGGACAGCCGAGAAUUUCAGC